CCAGAAGAAGCGACCCAAACAUAACUUGACAUUUCUCGAAGGUCCAACAAAUCCAUUCAUAUUCAUCCAUAUCCAUCACAACCUUGAAGCUCACCAGGGACAAUCAGAAAGGGAAGGGGAAAAAAAAGAGGAAGAAGAAUAAUUACUUCUUUUUUUCUUCCUUCAUCUACACAUAUUAUACAAGUGAUUUAUCUACCUAGUACAAAUACUUCCUGACCAUCCGAACCCUUUAUCUCUCGCAUCGAGCAUCGAGCAUCCAUCUUGCACUUUACUGGACAACUCUCCGAGAUAAAUGAUAACGGCAUUGGAGAUUAUUCCGCUGACUCUCAAGGAUCCCUCUCAGGAGCCUCCUCCCUGGAUGAGAUCCGAAUGGGGGAAGCUCCUUCGGGGCACUUACUGAUGAUAUAUACCUAUACAAUAUCUCCUGAGCCUUUUUUUUUUCUACUACCUCCUGACCCUGACCCUGAAUUUGACAUUUGAAUUUGAUCUUGACUCCUUUUCAAUUCGCUAUCGAACCUCCCUACACGUAUUCUCGUAAAACACCAACCUCACCAGCGUCACCAGUGUUCCGAAUUGUCCUUCUAUACCUCAUCCUAGGUCCGAUAAUUAGCUCGAGCUCCUUACCUAGUAGUCAUGUCCGAGGGAACUAAUCCCGCCGCCGCCUCCGAGUCUCCUGGCGCUUCCAAGUCCAGUGCGCCGAAAGAUAGGAGUUGCCCCUACUGCGGCCAGGCCUUUACAUCAUCUUCGUUAGGGAGGCAUUUGGAUUUGUAUAUCAAAGAGAAGAACCCCAAGGCUCCAGAUGGUAUUCAUGAUGUCGAUGCUAUCAGAAAAAUGCGAGGGAGUAUCACUCGUAGGCAACCCAGGGGCUCUCUUGCCCGGAGAGAUACCUCAACUCCUGGCACACCUACUGCAUCCUCUAGGAGGAGUCCCGCGCCAGAUACCGGCGUGAAAGCGUCUGGCAUACCGAAAGAAGGUCAAUUCGUUGUCGACCAUAAAUUGCCGAAGUACCCUUUCCAGCCUACGUGGGAGGCCACUGGCGUCAUCAACGACAUUCCCCCCAAAAAUGGGGAAUUGAGAGGCACCCCGGACGAUGGUACCGGCCAGCGACCUUCUGUGCAGCGUGCACCGAGCCGAACGAUUCAAAGAUCACAACUAGAUGCGAGACAGAAGGUAGCCGAUGCCAUGGAUACAGCGAGAGCUGCUGAACUAGCUUUGCGGGAAUUACUCAGUUCGUGGAGGGCUGCUAAGCAACAGAUAGAUAUGGAUUCCGUCCCCUUCGAUUUUGACCCCCUUUCCCUAGACUUCCCUGCUCUCACUCUCCAAUGCCUCCAAGCUCCUCCUACCUUGUUUUCCUCUACACCUCACCCGACCUCAACUUCAUGGUCCAUACAACCUCCGGCUCAGAAGCAGUAUGAGGCGCUCAAAACCUAUUUCCAAGAGGAGUUUAAGAAGUGGAGGGUGGCAUGUGCCAUGGCAACCACAGCAUCACACGAAGACAUGAUAUACCCACCAUCGAUCACGCACUUUCCCCGCGAUCCACGUGAGGGUAUAAAGAGGGCAGAAGAAGCUUCAACUGCGCUUGAAGCACAAGUCAAUGAGCAUCUACAAUCAACUUACCAUGUCUGGGAGCAGCUUCCUGCCCCGAGAAAAACAGAGUUGUGGGGUGUUGAGCUGGCAAGAAGCGUAGGGAGAAGGCAGAGAGAGGUGGAAAAGUUGAAGGAAUCUCAACAUGGUGUCAAGCAAGAGAAUGCCAACCUUAGGAUGCAGAUCGAUCAACUCAAUCGGUUGCAACAACCAAGAGAAUUUAGGAUGGUUCCACCAGCAACCUUCCCCAUUGAGCAAUCAUUGAUCUCGUAUUUGCUAGAUCUAGGUCAUAAAGGUUACCAGUCCAUUGGCCUUCACGCCGAAGAUCGCCACGUUGACCUCGAUACCAUGGUCUCCCGCGCCAUUGAUCGAUGGAAAACGGUCAUAGUGUCGUCAAGGGGCCCUGGUAUGGCCGGGCAGAGGUCCCUCGAACAGUCCAUGCCAGCCGCUGCUAAUGUAACUCCCGUUUCCGUGUCGGCUCCUCCGUCUCAAAUGACAGGCCACCCGCAACGACCUGUCCCGGCGGCAGCAAAUGCUCAGGCACAUGAUCCCCAACCUCUGGUACCAACAUCCACGGCGGCCGCGGCCGCGGCAAUAAUGACAUCGGCGCCUGGCACUACUGCCUCCAACCCUCUCGUUGAUGAAGAAGAAGAAAAUAGCGACCAGGAUGCUGAUGCCGAAAUGGAGGACGACGAUAAUUUUACACCGAUCACACCUAUCAUCGCAAAGCCACCGACGACUCAACCACACCAGCAGCUAGAUGUACCGCGGAUGAGGAAUCGUGACCAAAGACUUCCAAAUUCUACCGAACCGCGAUUUGCCGUCAAUGGCUCAGGGCCCAAUAAUAGGGGCAUCGAUGUACGACAGAUGCAGAACAUGAAUGCUACCAACCCCAUGACAGCACGCAUUCAUAAUCAACACGGAAAUGCAAUAAUGAAUAAUGGUGAUUACGGGACAAUUGUUCAAGGCGUUAACGGCGGCGAACCAAUGUAUAUGGACUGAUAGAAAGAGCUCACGGUUGGUCUCCGGCGUUUAAAAGAAAAAGAGAAGCAAAUCUGGCGGCAGUCGUUCGAGAAAAAAAAAAUUAUAUCUAACCAUGGCGUGUGUGUGAGAUGAUCUUAUACUGCACUUCAAUGUGUUAAUAGAUAUUAUUUUUCUAAGCCCAUCAUUUUCAUCUCGUGGGUAAAUAGCGUUAUAAACAAGUUAAAAUUGAAAUUGAGAAAUAUGAAAUGAAAUAUCUGUUGAUCAAUAUAGAGGUGUUUUACAUAGGAUAAAAUCAGGGCCA